GUGAUUUCCUUUUUACAGAGGAACAUCACUGAGUGCUUAAAACCAAGGAUGUUUAAAAAUGUGCUUAUCUUUUCUUGCAUGUGGCUAGUAGAGCUUGCAGGAAAGCCCUUCAGGUGUGGACCAUUGUACAGUCCACAGAAAAAAGCCCUGGACCGUAGGAGUGAAGUCCAAAUUAAAGUGGCUUGCUUGCUUGAGGCUUCUUACAUGGCCUGUGUGCUAGAGUGAACUAGAGAGGGUCCCCAGAGCUUCAGAGAAAUGGUAUUAAUGCUUUGCCAGUGAGAUUUGUUUAAAAAUGGCUUUUGACUGACAACUGAACUGUAGUCAUACAGCUCCUAACUCUAGGGGAAGAUAUUUUUAACAUCGCUGAGCUGAUUUCAUGAGCACCUGAACGUGGCAGUGAGUGCUGCUUCGUAAGGGGAUAGCAGACGUGGUCAGCAUAGGAGGCCGCACCCAUGCAGCCAGGUUUGGAGUACUGUUCCCAGCAGGCAGGUUUCCUGUGUGCAGCAAUGGUGGGAGGACUGAUGCAGACACCCAGUGUUUGGGUGUCUUUGGCACUAUGCUUUCUAAUCUGUCUGGGGCAGCUGUCAGGGUAGGCCUCCUCGGUGCUGUUAAGAUGCCCAGCUUGGCACUGCCCUGUGCCGUGCAGUCAUCCUAGGUGACAUAGGCAACAGUGCAGUAGGCUAAUCUACACUGUUGGAAGCUGCCACUUUGGACAAGGCCCCAGCUUUACCCAGGAACACAACUGUCCUGCCAGAGGGGUGGCCAGGGAACCAUGUGGUGAAGCGCUGCUUGCCAAAGCCUUGCUUAACCAGCUUUGUAAGCCUCUACAGCUGCCCCAAGGAUUCAGUGCUCGCUGAGUGCGAUAAUGUUAGAAAACGACAGUGGUGUAUAAUUGCUUUCCAGCCUGAAACUGCAACUGCAUUUGCAUAAUUCAGAAAUGGAGAGAAUGUUCCAUCAUGCAGCCUCGUUAACAGUGCCUAGUCGCGACUCUGAUCUGCAGAGACAAAGGUGUGAAUGUGUUUCUGCAUCUUGUAAAUGUGCAAACGCUGGCAGCAUUUCUGGGGCAUUAAAAGAGGUGGUGAUCAGGAGCUUUGCAACACAUGCUGUAGGAAGUCUUAGCUUCUCCCUCCUGAAGCCCAGCUGCAUGAAUGGCUUGCUUGCCCAGGGUCAGUGUGCAUGUUAGUGCCUGCCCAGGGUCAUUGUUUGGGAAGGGCAUCCAGAAUGCACGCUUUCCUUACAGCUGCUUGUUGUGUACCUGUACGAGCUGACAGCCAAGGGUGCCCCUUGGGGGUCUGGCAAGGAAAAUGUUGAGUGUAAUUCAGUGACAGCAAAUCUUGUAAAAGGGAUCUUAAAACAUACCUCAUGGUCGUGAAAGUUGCUGCAAAGCAGAGAGCAUAUUUCAGCAGUGAAGCAGGCCUAGUUUGACUUGAAGAUGUACGAGCAAGAAUGAAAACCAGCUGGAAAUACCAGAUUUACAUGAAACGCCACAGCUCAGUGCCCUGCUGCGGAUGUACAUCUGAAUAAAUCAGAGUGCAUUAUGACUGAAACUUCUCGUUCUGAAUUGACCACAGUCUAAGUGGCAGAAGAGUUGAAUUUCUGUACCUUUCUCUCUAACGCUGGGGAAAGGUCUGAUCUCUGGCAAGUAGCAGGGAGGGGUAGCGAGAGUGAAGCAGAAGAGUCUCUGGUCUAGUAGGCAGGAGAGAAGGCAAUGUCAUGGGGCUGGAAGGAGGAAGGAAGUGAAACAAAUUGAUCACAAGGUACAGAGCAGAGUCAUGACCUGGUCCCAGGACUAAAUCUCCAGCAGAGAUUUUGCUGUCCAGGUAAAGCCAGUAGGUGUAGGUAGAAUCCAAAAUGCUGAAAUGAGGGGAGAAAAUCAAGCACCUGGUACAUGGACCAUCCUCUUCCAUGUGGAAACUGUAGCUCCAGCCUCCCAGUAGGUUCUCAGCUGAACAGCCAAACAUCACGCUCCUAAUGAUCUUGGAAAAUGAGGGGAGAUCUCAAGGAAACCCAAGCAGGAAUAUCAAGAGCAGGCUAGUGUGGACGGUGUCACCAGAGGCUGACCGAAAGGGUGGAAUUCCUGCUUUCUCCAUCCCGAUCCGGGCAUGUGCCUCUUGCAGAAUACCAGGGGCCCCUAAUGCAGCAGGGAGCAGAGGUGCCCUGGCCUUGGCCAAUCUCUUUAGGGCUCAAAACUGUUUUCUAGUGCCAAAUAGGAAGGGAGUUUGAGAGAGCUUGUUGCCCUGAGUUCGCAGCCAGGACUCCGGCGGGAGGCACGGUGCUCGUUCUGUUUGGCUAAGAGACCCCUUCUGCUUGGGCGGCUUCCUCCACAACAAACAAGGUCCAGUUUAGCAUCAGGACUGCAGCACCAAGCAGCCAGAAUUCACAGGAGCUAGACACACCUGGUAGAUAGAAGUGCGAAAGGUGGCCCCCGGGAGCCUGGAUCCCCAUGCACCCUGAUGGGAUCCCAGUAUCCAAGGGGAGGAGUGAGGAACAUGGGCUUUUCACCAGUGUAAUUCCCUGGCAUCUGCCCUCUCUACCCUUGCCUAGGAGGCUAAAUUAUGAGGCCACCGGGGGUCUGGUGAACUUUUCUGGCCUCUAUGGUAGGAAAGAAAUGUGUCUUCAGAAGCUGAAAUAUUGCGUCCCAAACUUUUGCCUUGCAAGGGAUGACCUGGUUGAUGUGACUUAUACAAGGGGGAGGCAGACUGAACCCAGGGUGCCUUAGCUUAAACAUGCUAUAUAGGUGGAGAGGUAGAUCAGCCUCACCUGCCCACAUCCAGGGGAAACUAGUGCUUUUGGAAAUAGUCUUGCUCCCUGCUUACCAGAUGGCAAGAGACUAAGUGAAGCAGAAGGUAUCCUGCCUCCCUUUAUCUCCAUGUUACUGGUGUCAUUACUGAUGUCACUCAUAACAAAUGCAACUCUUCCUGAGUGACAGGGCUGCUAGCCUGGAGUUCAGUGCUUUACAGUAAUGCAGAUAGAUGCUGGAGCAGUGGGUUCAGUUUGAAAGCACGAGGUAUUUUAGAAGAGUUUGUAGUGGUUGGUGGGGGGAAUGAGGUGCGUUUCUGGCAAAACGACAGGCAUGGUGGCUUCAGCAAGGCUUUUUGUCCUCAUUCAGAAGUUAUGCAGAUUCAGCAUGUCAGAACAUCCAGUACAGUACUGCUGCGCUCUUGUGCAGAAGCCUCGAUUAGCAGCAGCUUACUAUGCGUUCCAAAUCACUGUUGAAUUAGUGCAGCGAACCCCUGGUGCUGAGGCCUGCGGGUGGUUUUGCGCAGGUACUUGGGCUCAGAUUACUUUGUACUAUGCUUAGGGCACUACCUCUGCCUAUGUUGGCCUUGCUUUUUCACUAUAACAUCUACCAUAGAACUGGAGAACAGUACAUCACCACUAAUACCACUCAUCUCUUCUUAUUCUCUCUCCACUUCCAGUUGCAGUGAGUUGUGGAUGGAGGAAAGGCCUUCCCUCACUGCCUGGAAAGGAGGAGCUGUAAUGGCAGACAUUUGAGGAGAAUGGAAGAGAAGGCUCACAAGCAGUUUGUCAACAGGGCUAGAUGCCGAUAAUCACUAAAAUACCUUGCUGAGGCCCGAGGAUCACUUAAUGUUCGGAGAAUAUAAAGUCCCCUUGGGGACUUGACUGGCAUAGAGUCUAUGGACCAAUGUCGUCAUACUCUGGAGCAACACAACUGGAAUAUAGAGGCAGCUGUACAGGACCGGCUGAAUGAGCAAGAGGGUGUCCCGAGUGUCUUCAAUCCACCUCCAUCCCGACCGCUGCAGGUCAAUACAGCUGACCACAGAAUCUACAGCUACGUUGUUUCAAGGCCACAACCCAGGGGCUUGCUAGGAUGGGGUUACUACUUGAUAAUGCUUCCAUUCCGACUUACCUAUUACACAUUACUUGAUAUAUUUAGGUUUGCUUUGCGUUUUAUACGCCCUGAUCCUCGCAGUCGGGUCACAGACCCAGUGGGUGACAUUAUUUCCUUUAUUCAUAUGUUUGAGGAAAAGUAUGGGAGGAUACACCCCGUCUUCUACCAGGGAACAUACAGCCAGGCGCUGAACGACGCCAAACGGGAGCUGCGCUUCCUACUGGUGUACCUGCACGGUGACGACCACCAGGACACGGACGAGUUCUGCCGCAACACCCUGUGCGUAUCUGAGGUGAUCACCCUCAUCAACACCAGGAUGCUGUUCUGGUCCUGCUCCACAAACAAGCCGGAGGGGUACCGAGUGUCCCAGGCUCUGCGAGAGAACACAUACCCCUUCCUGGCUGUGAUCAUGCUGAAAGAUCGCAGAAUGACUGUGGUGGGACGGCUGGAAGGCCUCAUCCAGCCGGAUGACCUCGUUAACCAGUUGACGUUCAUCAUGGAUGCCAACCAGACGUACCUGGUGUCCGAGCGCCUGGAGAGGGAGGAGAGGAACCAGACGCAGGUCCUGAGGCAGCAGCAGGAUGAGGCGUACCUGGCUUCCCUGCGCGCAGAUCAGGAGAAGGAACGCAAGAAAAAGGAGGAGCGGGAGAGGAAGAAAAAGAAGGAAGAGGAAGUGCAGCAGCAGAAGCUGGCCGAGGAGAGACGGCGACAGACGCUGAAGGAAGAGAAGGAGCGGAGGUCGGAAUGCCUUCCCCCGGAGCCGCACCCUGAUGACCCAGAGAGUGUCAAGAUCAUCUUCAAGCUGCCCAACGACUCCCGAGUAGAGAGGCGAUUCCACUUCACGCAGUCGCUAACGGUGAUCCAUGAUUUCCUGUUCUCCCUGAAGGAGAGCCCGGAGAAGUUCCAGAUCGAGGCCAAUUUCCCGCGUCGCGUGCUGCCCUGCCUCCCCACAGAGGAGUGGCCCAACCCACCCACGCUGCAGGAGGCCGGGCUCAGCCACACAGAGAUGAGGGAUCAGAGGCUACGUCGCCGGCGCCAGCCAUGCUGCGAGCCUGUCCUGGUGCCGGGCAGCGCCUGCGAGCUCCUGCACCGUCACUCCUGACACCGUGGGCAGAGGGAGGGAGACAGCGCUGCCCUCUCCGGGGGGCAAAACCGGCAGCUCCCGGUAAAUCUCGCUUUGAUCGGAAACCCUUGGCCCCCUGCCCCUGCCGCCCGGGGAGGAUUUGGGACUCGGCUGCUAUGGGCGGCCCGUGUGGCAGGCAGGGGCUCCUGCCCAUGCCGGGGGUGGGGCCAGACAGACAGACUCUCCUCCGCUUCCCCUGUGUAUAGACACCUUUCUUUUAAUCUCUCUCGCUUUGUAAUGACCAAAGGAGCCCGGGGUUGACAAUAGUAUUAAUUUUUGAUAAGAGCUGGUUGAAGUUCCUGCCCCGUGGGUGCCGGCCCGGGGCUCUUAGCCUGCAUAGUGUAAUAAACUCUGCCUCUAG